AUGGGAGGGUCAGAAGUAGGAGAGGGAGUGGUAGCAGUAGUCGGCCUGAUCGGAGACGCUCCCAGGGUCCGGGCAUCUUGCCCAUCCCACUCGGAUACGUGGAUAGGGCUGCGACACGGCGCUCCGGAGUUAUUGCCUCGCUCCACCGUGGUGAGAGGAGCAAUACUAGGCAUACUAGGGGGCGGCGGGGGCUUCUUGCCAGGGACAUCGGUACUCCGGGCCCCUGGGGUAGAUGUCGGAACACUAGGCCUGCUAGAGGAGGCCGGAGACCUCUUGGGGAGGGCAUCGGUACUCCGGGCCCCUGGGGUAGAUGUCGGAACACUAGGCCUGCUAGAGGAGGCCGGAGACCUCUUGGGGAGGGCAUCGGUACUCCGGGCCCCUGGGGUAGAUGUCGGAACACUAGGCCUGCUAGAGGAGGCCGGAGACCUCUUGGGGAGGGCAUCGGUACUCCGGGCCCCUGGGGUAGAUGUCGGAACACUAGGCCUGCUAGAGGAGGCCGGAGACCUCUUGGGGAGGGCAUCGGUACUCCGGGCCCCUGGGGUAGAUGUCGGAACACUAGGCCUGCUAGAGGAGGGCGGAGACCUCUUGGGAAGGGCAUCGGUACUGCGGACCCCUGGGGUAGAUGGGGGAACACUAGGCCUGCUAGAGGAGGCCGGAGGCUUCUUGGGAAGGGCAUCGGUACUGCGGACCCCUGGGGUAGAUGGGGGAACACUAGGCCUGCUAGAGGAGGCCGGAGGCUUCUUGGGAAGGGCAUCG